AUGGACGGAUCUAGUAGCCCUAGCGAUAGACCGGUUGGCGAGAGGUCCCGUGAGGACUUACCGAUGAUUACAUACCAGAUCAGGCCCGGAGGAGCUAGAGCCUAUUGGAGCCCAUCUGACCGCUAUAGGCGUUGCGAGCGUCGGCAUAUUUACACUUAUCCAAAUGAAGUAGUUCUGGCUGUUGUGAAAGAGCGGAAGGUCCUAACGAGGGAUAAUACUAGGCUUGGAAUUGAAGUGAAUUACCGAAAGGAAACUAUAAAAAUGCAAGCCGAGCGGAUUAAGGAACUUGAGUAUGAUGUGGGAAAAAAGCAUGACCCUCUUUUGAAGCACCUCAAGGCUCGAAGAAGCUCGAAAAGAUCAGUGAAUUAUGUGACUGAGGAAUUGGGAGAUGAGUAUUCGCCAGUUUAUGUUGGCCCUCAAGAAGGGUUGAAGGAAGCUGACAGGAUCACAACAUUGCCAGGACAGCCAAAUGCAGUAAAUUUUGAUCAGUAUUCAGGGUAUGUCACAGUUGAUCCUAAAGCUGGUCGAGCUCUCUUUUACUAUUUUGCCGAAUCCCAAAACUCUUCGGCCAAGCCUCUGGUUUUGUGGCUAAAUGGAGGACCUGGAUGCUCCUCAAUUGGAGCUGGAGCAAUGACUGAAUUGGGACCUUUCCGAGUUAAUAAGGAUGGGAGCACCCUCUGGCUUAAUCCAUAUGCCUGGAACACUGUGGCAAACGUACUCUUCUUGGAAUCUCCAGCUGGUGUUGGAUUUUCUUACUCCAAUACAUCCUCAGAUUACAUUACCGGAGAUACAAAAACUGCAGCAGAUUCCUAUACAUUUCUAGUCAACUGGCUAGAAAGGUUCCCUGAGUACAAAACCAGAGACUUCUUGAUAACCGGAGAAAGCUACGCUGGUCAUUACGUGCCUCAGCUUGCUCAACUCAUUCUCCAUAACAAUAAGAUAACGAACCAAACUGUCAUUAACUUGAAAGGAAUUGCUAUUGGGAAUCCAUACGUUGAUAUUGAAACACAAGGCAGUGGGACUUAUGAUUAUUACUGGACCCAUGCUCUGAUAUCUGAUGAAAUUCAUCAGGGUAUAUUUUCCAAUUGCAAUUUUUCUUCAGGAAAUACAUCAGAUGCUUGUCAGACAUACGAAGACCAAGCAGAUUCAGCUAUAGGCAAUAUUGAUGAUUACAAUAUCUAUGCUCCCUUGUGUUCUUCUUCUUCAAAUACUCCUACUACGAUAUCAGAGUUUGAUCCUUGCUCGGAUCAUUAUGUAUACACUUAUCUAAAUACUCCUCAAGUGCAAAAGUCACUUCAUGCUAACACCACUGUCAUCCCAGGACCAUGGGAUUCCUGCAAUGACUACAUACACCUUAAUUGGGAUGAUGAACCAGAUACAGUUUUACCUACCAUCAAGGAAUUGACUGAGAGUGGCAUUAGCGUUUGGAUCUAUAGUGGAGACACAGAUAGUGUAUGUUCUGUAACAACAACUAAGUAUGCCUUAAACAAACUCGGAUUAUCGGUGAAAAAUCCUUGGUAUGCUUGGUACACCCAAGGCGAGGUUGGUGGUUAUGCAGUGGAAUAUGAAAACCUGACCUUUGUGACAGUGAGGGGAGCUGGACAUUUUGUUCCUAGCUAUCAGCCUUCUCGUGCACUCACUUUAUUCUCAUCCUUCUUGGCCGGAAAGCUUCCACCUUCCAACUAG